AAAACUGUGUGCUUCCAAAGAUCCGUCAUACUUGGCAGCAGCUGCCUCUCUCAAAGCUUCUCACAGUAACGAGGACUCCCUCUGCCCAACUACCUGUCACCAUGGCCCACCGAUUUCCAGCCCUCACCCCUGAACAGAAGAAGGAGCUCUCAGAAAUUGCCCAGCGCAUUGUUGCCAAUGGGAAGGGCAUCCUGGCUGCAGAUGAAUCUGUAGGCACCAUGGGAAACCGCCUGCAGCGGAUCAAGGUGGAGAACACUGAGGAGAACCGCCGGCAGUUCCGAGAGAUCCUUUUCACUGUAGACAAUUCCAUCAACCAGAGCAUUGGGGGUGUGAUCCUUUUUCAUGAGACCCUCUACCAAAAAGACAGCCAGGGAACGCUGUUCCGAAACAUCCUCAAGGAAAAGGGGAUCGUUGUGGGGAUCAAGUUGGACCAAGGAGCUGCUCCUCUUGCAGGGACAAACAAAGAAACUACCAUUCAAGGGCUUGAUGGGCUCUCCGAGCGCUGUGCUCAGUACAAGAAGGAUGGUGUUGACUUUGGGAAGUGGCGUGCUGUCCUGAGGAUUGCUGAUCAGUGUCCAUCCAGCCUGGCCAUCCAGGAAAAUGCCAACGCCCUGGCCCGUUACGCCAGCAUCUGUCAGCAGAAUGGGUUGGUACCUAUUGUUGAACCAGAGGUGAUUCCUGAUGGAGACCAUGAUCUAGAACACUGCCAGUAUGUCACUGAGAAGGUUCUGGCUGCUGUUUACAAGGCCCUAAAUGACCAUCAUGUUUACCUGGAGGGUACCCUGCUUAAACCAAACAUGGUGACUGCUGGACAUGCAUGCACCAAGAAGUACACACCUGAACAAGUGGCUAUGGCCACUGUCACAGCUCUCCACCGUACCGUGCCUGCAGCUGUUCCUGGAAUCUGCUUUUUGUCUGGUGGCAUGAGUGAAGAGGAUGCUACUCUCAACCUCAAUGCUAUCAACCUUUGCCAUCUUCCAAAGCCCUGGAAACUCAGCUUCUCUUAUGGACGGGCCCUACAGGCCAGUGCUCUUGCUGCCUGGGGUGGUAAGGCUGCAAACAAGAAAGCAACCCAGGAGGCUUUCAUGAAGCGGGCUGUGGCCAACUGCCAGGCAGCCAAAGGACAGUAUGUCCACACAGGUUCAUCGGGGGCUGCUUCAACCCAGUCUCUCUUCACGGCAAGCUAUACCUACUAGGCCUUGACUCCAACCAACCUGGCCCCACUUCUUCUAAGUGUCUUAGCAAGAGGGCUGACAGGAAACUGCCUUUCAUUUGACCUGGUAAAUCAGACUGAAUUAAACAGGAACUGUUGAAAACACAAUAAUGAUAAAUAUGAAAUACAAAGGACGAAAGCAGAUCAGUUAUUGAUAUAGAGAAGCAUGAAUAUGAAGAAUUUGAUGAAAUUUCACACAACAGGUUUCUCACAACACAUCCUGCUCUUCAUGUUUCAGUGUAUCCAUCCAAGAAAAUAAUAGGCUUUAAAACAAAAUCAGCUUUCUACCAAGAUGACAACUACUGAAGGAAAUCUCUCAAAAGCUCAGAGAAGAAAGUACAUUUUAUGACAGAAUUUUAGCUGGGGUAGGUUAUAAAGGAGAUAGUUGCGACUGAAAAAUAAAUAAAAUGCUCUAUAAACCUU